UUACUAAAAUUUUAAAAUGCACUAGAAACAGUCACAGCUAUAGAAACAAUGUGUGUUAAUUAAAUUGUGUAAAUUAAACUCUGAAAACUGAUUAUUUUAAGUUAAACAUAAAUUAUUUAACAUGUUACUAAUAUAAUAUAGAUAACGUAGCAAAUAUGAAAAAUCAUGCUUGUGUAAUUACUCGUGGUCAUCAUACUGAUAUUGCUUUGAAGAUUUAUAGUAAUCGCACAUUAUUAAUCAUAACACAUUUUAAAAAAUUUGGAUCACUGAUUGCGAUAAGCCGUGGAUCUUUGUUCAAUCAAUACAAUAAUAGUAUAUAUUCUGCUAAAGUAUUGUUUGGGAAAGAUGAUGUUGAAGUUGUGGCAGCUGCCCGCUAUAUAGCAGAACAAAUUAAUGUAGAUAAACCAUUAUUAAUUUCAAUAUCUUUAAAAGAUUAUGAACCAGACACUUUAAAAGCUAUAAUUGCAGCUAUAAAUGAUAUGAAAGCAUGA